GAGAGAGAGAGCGAGAGACACACAAAGAGAGAGAGAUGGGAGAGAGUUAUGAAGCUCUCUUUGAAACAAAGCAAGCCAAAGGUUGGUUUGCUUACAAGUUGUUUGCAUGCUCGAUGUUCGCGGGCAUUUGUUCGAUUUGGUUCUAUAGAGCGACUUAUGCCCCGGGAUGGGGAGAAGAAGGGAGAUGGGCAUGGAUGGGGAUAUUUGCAGCCGAGCUUUGGUUCGGCUUCUACUGGAUAAUCACUCAGUCGGUGCGCUGGAACCCCAUCUAUCGUUUCACUCAUACCGAGAAGCUCUCUCAGCGAGAUGAAGCUGAGUUGCCAAAUGUGGACAUAUUUGUUUGCACUGCGGACACUAUUGCAGAGCCACCCAUCCUGGUCAUCUCCACUGUUCUCUCAGCCAUGGCAUACAAUUACCCUCCUGAGAAGCUAAGUAUCUAUCUCUCUGAUGAUGCUGGGUCUGUUCUGACCUUCUAUGCCCUUUGGGAAGCAUCUCGCUUUGCAAAGCACUGGCUUCCAUUUUGCAAGAAAUAUAAUGUGGAGCCACGGUCGCCAGCCGCCUAUUUUUCCAAAUUAUGCGACCCCCGCGAUACAUGCACCCCCACCGAAUGGUCUUCCAUGAAGAAUCUCUAUGAAGAGAUGGCAGGUGGCAUUGAUUCGGUGGUAAUGCUAGGCAAGGUCCCUGAAGAACUCAGAGCAAAUAAAGGAUUUUCUGAAUGGAGUUCAGAGAUGACUUCACGGAAUCAUCCACCCAUCAUUCAGAUCUUAAUUGAUGGGAGAGAUCAAUGUUCAAUAGACAGCGAUGGAAAUGCAUUACCAACUUUGGUGUACAUGGCACGAGAGAAGAGACCUCAGUAUCAUCAUAACUUUAAAGCAGGGGCUAUAAAUGCAUUGAUAAGGGUGUCAUCAGAUAUAAGCAACAGCCCGAUCAUCCUUAACAUGGACUGCGACAUGUACUCGAACAACUCGGAGUCCAUCAGACAUGCAUUGUGCUUAUUCCUGGACGAAGAGAGGGGUCAUGACAUUGCCUUUGUACAAUAUUCCCAGAACUUUCAUAAUAUCACCAAGAAUGAUCUCUAUGGCAAUUCCCUCGAUGUGACCAAUGAGGUGUUGCCUGGCUUUGAUGGUUGGGGAGGGCCUCCGUAUCUUGGCACUGGUUGCUUCCACAGAAGAGAGAUCCUUUGUGGGCAGAAAUACAGCAAGGACUACAAGGAAGACUGGAAGAGAGGCAUUAAGAGGAAAAUGGCAGAAAGUGCUUGCAUACUGGAAGAGAGAGCAAAGUCUCUUAUUACCUGCACCUAUGAGCACAACACCCAAUGGGGACAGGAGAUUGGGUUGAAGUAUGACUGUGCUGCGGAGGAUGUCAUCACAGGCCUAUUAAUUCAAUGUAGGGGGUGGAAGUCCGUCUAUAUCAAUCCUCCAAGAAAAGCCUUUCUAGGUGUUGCUCCCACAACACUAGCACAAUCGCUGGUGCAAUACAAAAGAUGGAGCGAGGGGCAUUUACAAAUCUUUCUUUCCAAGUACUGCCCCUUCAUACUUGGUCGUGGCAAAAUCAAGCUAGGACUUCAGAUGUGUUAUAGCAUUUAUGGCUUGUGGGCUCCAAACUCACUCCCUACACUCUAUUACCUUGUGAUUCCUUCCCUUUGCCUCCUCAAAGGCAUCUCCUUAUUCCCAAAGAUCACGAGCCCAUGGUUCAUGCCCUUUGCCUAUGUCACCAUUGGGAAACAUCUGUAUGGGCUCGUCGAAUCACUGCAAUGUGGUGACACAUUGGCUGGAUGGUGGAACUUUCAAAGGAUGUGGAUAUUGAGGAGGACCACCUCAUUCCUCUAUGGCUUCACUGCUGCCAUCUUAAAGUUGCUGCGGAUUUCUAAGAUGGGGUUCGCAAUCACAGCAAAGGUGUCUGAUGGCGAUGCCUCUAAAAGGUACGAGCAGGAGAUCAUGGAAUUUGGGUCAUCGUCCUCAAUGUUUGUGAUCAUAGGAGCAGUCGCAAUGCUUAAUCUUUUCUGCUUGGUGGGAGGACUCCAAAGGCUGGUGGCAGAUGCGGGAAUGAUGGGUCUUGAGGCAUUAUUCAUUCAAAUUUUUCUCUGCGGGCUGGUGGUGGCCAUCCAUUUGCCCAUUUAUGAAGCUCUUUUCAUACGAAAGGAUAAGGGAAGCCUACCCCUCUCUGUCACAUUUCUCUCCCUCGGUUCUGCGAUGUUUGUGACUCUGCUAACUAUAGUAUAAAUUACUGUAGUGCUGAACUGCACUUUUGGUCUUCACAUGUCUUCAAAUAGCCAAAGUUGUACGACCGGAAGUGUGUAAAUUGGAGCAGCUCGACGGCACUCCGAUCCUACAGACUUGGAACCUUGACAACCUUCGCAUCUAUUAUUAGUAAGAGCUUCUUGGUGGAGACUUGUGAAUGACGGAUGAGAGGCCGAUGGUGGAGCACCUGAGCUUAAGGAGAGUGGCCGGACCAAGCACCAAUAGCACUGAGAAAACCGUUCUUUAACUUGAUGACCUGUGACUUUCCAUGGCUCCGAUACCGUGGAACCAAACUUGGAUGAAUGCAUCAGGACACAACCUAACACCAAAAUAUGUAUAUAAAUAAUGGUAUGUAACAACUGUACAUAAUACAUGUAAUCUAAGUAUCUCUAACAAUGACAAAAUUCAACUACAUCCACUUAGUUUCA